UGUGAGAGUGGAGGCACUGCGGGAGCGGGGCAGUCAGUUAACGCUGCUGACUCUCACAGGCGGUUCCCUGUUAUCAGCGGCGGAAAGCACCGGGUGGAUUUUUCUCUCUCUUCUCUCAGCGCCGGGAUAUGCCAAACGGAAACAAAGCAGUGUGAGAAGCUGGACAGUUGUAGAAUGAGCGGGCGCGUGCUGAACGGGAAAAUGCUGCAACUCCCGGCUCCGCAGCGCGCGGGGAGGACAAUGCACUUUCUGUCAAGUUGGGACGAGAGCAGUUCCAUCAGCAGCGGUUUGAGUGACGGCUCAGACAACCUCAGCUCUGAAGAAUUCAACACGAGUCCCACUCUCAACUCCCUUCCUACCACUCCCAUCGGCUCUCGCAGAAACUCAGCCAUCGUGAUGCGUACAGAUGCAGAGAAGCGAUCACUGGUGGAGAGUGGUUUGUCCUGGGACGCUGACGAUACCAAACCCGGCCGCGAGAGCCAUGGCAGCAGCGUCUACGAUACUGGAAGUCUCAAAUCUGAAUCAGCCAAUAAAUGGAAAAAGACACGGACGCCGGGAGAGGGCCUAGAAGGAGGGAAGGGCGAACUGAAGAAACCUCACACCCUGGGUCACGGACAUAUAUUGAAGAAAGGAAGAAACCCACCUGUGGGAGUCACCUCGCCGAUCACACACACCUCUCAGAGCGGGCUGAAAGUGGCAGGUACCGUAAAGUCAGAUGGGAAGCCAAUGGAUAAGUCUCGGUUGGCAGUGAAGAGCUCUGGCCUUCAGCGCUCCUCUUCUGAUGCCGGUAAAGAGCAACAAAAUGGCAGCGGUGCUGGUGAGCAACGUAAACCUCCAUCCGGCCUCCUCCGGCCCUCAACUGGUGGAAGCUUUGGCUUCAAGAAGCCUGCCACAGCAACUAAUAAUGGCACAAACAAUACUAGUAUGUGUGCCUCUGCAACUGUGGGGAAGAUUCCCAAAACGUCGGGUAUUCCUGUCAAACCAGUGGCAGUCGGGGGUGGUGGUGGAGGACGUAAGACGAGCCUAGAUGUUUCAAACAACGACCAUAGUGGUUUUCUGUCUGCAAAUGCCAGGACGUCUCUCCAGUACCGCUCUCUGCCUCGUCCAGCAAAGACAAGCACCCUGACUCUGACUCGGCCCAGCUCAGCUCGCCCAAUGAGCACCACCAUGGACACCAGCUCAUCACUGACCAAACCGCCCCAUGGCUCCCGGCUCAAAGAGCCCGCCUCUGGGAUUGGUUCAGGGUUGAGUAAGGCAGGUGGUCGUGGGAUCCAUAGUCACGGUCCUGUCAAUCAGACAGACAGAGAGAAAGAGAAAGAAAGGGCCAAAGCCAAAGCUGUAGUGUCUGACUCUGAGUGUGGAGGCGGGUCUCUGAAGGGCAGCCCUACUCAGACCCCCUCAGAGAACGGAGGGAAGCUACAGGGCCUGAGACCUCCCAGCAGUGGGAAGGGCCUGGAUCUGCCCUCACCCAACACACACAGAUUAUCUGGGAUUCGCAGCCUGGCAAAGCCUCCAUCAAUGGCCCAGCUUGACAAGCUGAACUUAAACAGUCUCGAGAUGGGAAUCCAAGACUCCCUUCCACCCAAGAUCCCUCCGUACUCUAAGCUUCAGGACCUGGCCAGCUCAGGAGGCAGCUCCACGAGCCCCUGCCUGACCCCCAGCCCUGCGCCUUUACUCAAUGUGAACUCUUCGGCCUGCUUCUCAGGCUCAGGGACUGGGUUGGGGCCCCGGCAGGUCUCCUCUCUCGGGGUUCAAGGGGGCGGAGGGAGCACCUCCCCACUGCUCUACCCUCGUCUGUCUGGGCUGCAUCGCAGCAUGGAGUCACUGCCGCUCCAGAUGAGUCUAGCCCCAGAGCGCCAGGGGAGGGAGAAGAAGGGGGAGAGGGAGAGUUUGGUGAGGGGCUACACCACAUUAGAGUCCCGGCACAAAGAUAGACAUGAAGACAGAGGCCCUCCGGCCAGCUGGAGCUCUGGAAGUAAAGUCUCAUUGUGUCUCACGGACAGUUCUCAAAGAGACAGAAACACACUGCCAAAGAAAAGUUUAAGCGUUGAGGAGGAAGGGAAGGAGAAAGGAGAGAGGAGACACUCUCAUACUAUUCUGGGUAUGACCGACUCGCUCACUCUUCCACUUCUGUCCUCACCCACCUCCCUACCCCGCACCUCCAAGACCAGUAUGGUACCCAGCCCUGUUAGCGAACCUCCGAGGAUGACCCGCUCCAACAGCAUCCCCACACACGAUGCCUCUCUGGAGCUGUAUGGAGCCUCUCCACUCGGCAGCACCAUGUCGCUCGCUGAACGCCCCCGCAGCAUGGGAAUGGUUCGCUCCGGAUCCUUCAGAGACAAGGAGUCAGACGAGGUUCAUGGGUCUGUACUCUCACUGGCAUCAAACGCCUCAUCAUGCUACUCCUCGGUGAGUGUGGGCAGCAUGCAGAAUCAGGCUGAGGAAAGGAUUCAGGGAGAGCAAAUCCGUAAACUGAGGAGGGAGCUGGAAUCGUCGCAGGAGAAAGUGUCUAACCUGACCACACAGCUGUCAGCAAACGCAAAUCUUGUGGCCGCCUUUGAGCAAAGUUUGCAUACGAUGACAACCCGGCUGCAGAGUCUGUCAAUAACCCAGGAACAGAAGGACUCAGAGCUGUUGGAUCUGAGGGAGACCAUCGAGGCUCUGAAAGACAGGAACGAUGAAGCUCAGGCUGUCAUCCAUGGAGCCUUAAACACAGCAGAUAAUAUGACAGAAAUGCGGAUUCAACGUCAAAACUCAUGUGAGAGCCUCUCCAGUCUCAACAGCCUGACCAGUAUGUCGAGCGUGGGCAGCUUCAAGGAUCAAGAAGCAAAAAAGAAGAAGAAAAAGAGCUGGCUGAGGAGCUCCUUCAACAAGGCCUUCAGCAUUAAGAAAGGCGCCAAAACAUACUCAGACAUUGAGGAAAUCGCCACUCCCGACUCCUCAGCUCCGAACUCUCCAAAGAUGCUCCAUGAGGGGGGAGAACAAGAGGAAAUUGAGCACUUGUCACUCAAAACCUCAAUCUCUUCCACCUCGUGUGUGAUCAUGGAGACUACAGACGAAGGAGACAAUGAGGAAGCGGCGGUGUCAGAUCUACGCUCAGAACUCUGGGGGAAAGAGAGAGAACUGACAGACAUCCGACUGGAGGCCUUGAGCUCUGCCCAUCAACUGGAGCAGCUCCGGGAAGCCAUGAACAACAUGCAGUCAACGGUGGAAAACCUAAAGGCGGAGAAUGAUCAUUUAAAGACUGGCUCUGGUCCCACUUCCUCCACCUCGCAACCUUCAGGCCUGGCCUCUCUCCUGGGGCCCUCGCUGAGGCAGCCGAUGAGCAUGUCCCUCACCAAGUCCUUCAGCCUCAGUCUGAAUGAUUGUAAAGAUCCAGAUGUUUCUCCAGUCGACACAUUAAGCGUGUCCUCACUGCGGGAUGAGGUGUGUGCACGAGUGCUUGUUUGCAUAAGAGAUCAAACAGAGGACAGUAAGCAGCAGCAGAACUUCUACCUGGGCUCAGUGCCGGUCAAUGCGAGGACUGACUGGUCCUGUCUCGACUCCCUUAUAGUUAAGACCUUCAAGGACUACCUAACUCAAGUGGACCCCACUUCUAGCCUGGGUCUGUCCUGUGAUUCGCUGCACAUGUACCAGCUGACCCAGGGAGUGCAGAGGUUGAUGGGAGGGGACAAACCUCAGGCCUCACCUUAUCGUUGUCUCAGCAAUGGUUCAGCUCAAAUUCUUGUCUCUUUGAAAGGUCUCAGAGAGAAAUGUGUUGACUCACUGGUUUUCGAGACUAUGAUUCCUAAACCGAUGAUGUCGCACUACAUCAGCUUGCUGCUGAAGCACAGGCGUCUGGUUCUGUCGGGGCCCAGCGGGACAGGGAAGACCUACCUGGCUCAGCGCCUGGCCCACUACCUCCUGCAGCGCAGCCGCACAGACCUGUCUGAGGCCGACCACGAGACCUGCCUCCUCGGGAGCAGCGCUGCCGUCACCUUCAACAUGCAUCGUCAGUCACAGAAGGAGUUGCAGUUGUAUCUGUCAGAGCUUGCCAAUCAGAUAGACAGAGAGACUGUAGGAGAACUGCCGCUGGUUGUUAUUAUAGAUGACAUCAGUGAUCCAGCUAGCCUCACUGAGCUUGUCAACGGGGCACUCACCUGCAAGUAUCACAAAUGUCCUUACAUCAUUGGGACAACCAAUCAGCCUGCCAAGAUGACCUCUAACCACAGUCUGCACCUCAGCUUCAGGAUGGUCAUUUUCUCCAACAAUGUGGAACCUGCUAACGGCUUCCUGGUGAGAUACCUGCACCGUAAAGCUGUGGAAGCGUACCAGGAGAAGGAGCAGGACUCCGCAUGCCACCAGGCUCUCCUCCGCGUACUGGACUGGAUCCCUCAGCUCUGGUACCACCUCCACACCUUCCUGGAGAAACACAGCACUUCAGACUUCCUCAUAGGUCCCUGUUUCUUCCUGUCAUGCCCAGUGUCAGUGUCAGAGUUCAGGCAGUGGUUCAUUGACCUGUGGAACCACUCCAUCAUACCGUACCUGCAGGAGGGAUCCAAAGAUGGCAUCAAGGUGCACGGGCAUAAGGCAGUAUGGGAGGAUCCAGUGGAGUGGGUGAGGGGGACUCUCCCUUGGCCCAAUGCACAGCAAGACCAGUCCAAGCUCUUUCACCUACCUCCCCCCAGCAUCGGUCCUGCCAGUGAGGAGAAGAAGGCCCCCAAAGAUACACCUCCACCCAGCACCCUGGAGUCAGACCCACUGAUGGCCAUGCUGCUGAAGCUCCAGGAGUCUGCAAACUACAUCGAGUCUCCAGAGCGGGAAGGCUGUCUGGAUCCCAGUCUGCAGACGACACUCUGAGGAUAACAAGCGUCUGUUUGUCAAUCUAAAGAACUAUGGACGUUAUUACGACACAUCGGGUGCGAUCCCGAUGAGACUUUAAAGACUCAAUAAGUAACUUAAUAGUUUGCUCAGUGAGCAGCUUCAACCAUAAAUGUAAAGGAUCUAUAGAGAGAGAGAUUAUGGACGAAGGGUUUGCUCUGCCCUGCUAUCAGAAAGACAAUUCAACUGCUUUUAUAGGAAGCUGUGAUGAUCAUGAGAGGGAAAGACAUCGACUUGUCUUUCCUCUGCCCUCAAUUUGUUCCCGAUGGGAUGUUGUUGACUCUGCAAGUGCAUGGUAACCGGAAUAGUAUGAUGCAAAAUAUGACCUAUAAUCCCAUUAAUCAGGACCCAUUCUUUUAUUUUAUUGCUAUUUUGCCACAACUUUCACCACAAACUAUUGGUGCUUACUGUUACUGGUUUUCUUUGAAGUCUUUACAAAGAAACUCACCUCAUAAGUAACUCUGAUUUCUUCCAAAAGUAGGAUCAUCACUCGACCACAGCCAAAAAUGCACUUUAUUUUCUACUUGUGGUAAUUGGAUUUUAGGAGGCUGUGUCAGUGACCGUGUGUUAAACAGGAAUCAUGCCGUUCAGUAGUAAAUCCUCUAGGUGGCAGCCUCUACUCCUGCCUCAGUGCUUUCCUGGUGUGCUUUCUGACGUAACAAAGGUGCUUGGUAUAAUUUAACACAUAUUCGUUUCAGUUCAGCCAUUCUGUCAUUCAUUCAAAACCGUGAAGCUGUAAGAGUAACAUGCAUGAGUGAAUAAUUAAUAUAAAUGAUGAAUUGGUUUUAGGGUCAGUCUGUAAAGGAAAAAACAUCAGUAGCCAAUGGUUUUCUACCGUGGCCCUACUCAACAAACUGUAUUUUUAACUCACAGAACUGCUCGUUUAUCUAGUGUACGGCCUACCAUUUCUGGCUACGUUUGCGUAUACUCUGUAUUUAGAGAUUGGUUUUGAAACAAAACUUCUCUUGUGACAGAUGAGGAUACAGCUUUGAAAAUCUUGAUUUUGUAGGAUUUUAUACUGACUCAUCUUCCACUAUCAUCUGUAUACAGCAACUAUCACCUGCGUUAUCGGUGUUACACUCAUUGAGACACUGUUUUUGUUCAUUCAUCACCAAGGGGAAAUGGAGAACAUCAUUAAAAAAAACUGCCAUCAGCUGAAAGGAAUCUAAAAGAAAUGUCCUCAUUCGGUUUCCUCUUUAUACUUUUAUAACAUUUUUAAGACCUUCCUUUGUAUGCAUUGUUUGAAGCGUUAUUGUAAGAGUAAGGGCUGGGUGAAAGAAAGGUUGAAACUCAUUUUUAAGUUGCUUCCUCCUGUUGCUUUCCUUUGUUUGUUUGCACAUAAUAUAUGUUAGAGUACUAGAUUACAGAGAGUAUUUAUUGCUCACAUCUUGACUGUUCUUGUGAUAAAGGAAGAAAGCAUAAGAAAAUGUUUAAGAGGAGGAAACUGUAUGUAUUAUAGAUAUUCCCUCUGCCCCUUUCACUCUGAAGUACCUCAGACUGCCAUAUUAUGUCCAGAUGUUCCUCUACUCCUCCAAACAGGGUGCUGGUGGAAAGUUGAGACAUGAUGCCUAGUCUAUCUGUGCCUGAAACACUAUUUGGCCUCAAGCUGCUUCGGAGCAGCUUUAAUCUACCACACAGAGGCCUCGAUUUAGAGGAAACAUCACCACUUCCUCUCAUCUACUCUGAUGUCACUUUAAUGUCGUCACCUUGAUGCCGACAUUUUGAUGGAAAGUGGGUUAUCGAUGUUGACCUUUGGCUGGUAGUAACAAUGAAAGCUGUUUGUUAAGAUGAUAUCUGUGUUGUCUGCAAUAGCUGACAAUGUGUAUCAUGACUGGACUGCUUUUGUGCGAUUUGACACCAUUUUAAAUGGGUGACAUCUUUGUGGAGUUGCCUGAGAAUUAGAAGCAGUGUAAGAACAGAUAUAACCCUGGGGAGGUAAUGUUGAGCAUGUAUCCCUGUUGUGAUCCCAAAGUAUUGUUUCAUUGGACCUACCUACACUUACCCUAUCCUGGGAGGGAUUUUUAUUAACUGGAUUGCUUUCUCUUUCCACAUUAUUUUUAAGAGCAGAUUUGUUUUUCUUAUGCAAAUAUUUGUAAAUGUUUCUCCUUCUUUUAUACAUGACAUCACAUUGUAAACACUGUAAAUAGUCAGUGCAUCUGCGACAACAAUCACUGAAACGUGUACAUGUAGAUCUAAGAGAAGGCAUGGCCCCUGUAUGCAGAACACGAGAAUCCUGUUGUUUUAUUGUCUUCCUUUAGGGGGAAGGAGCACUUGGCUAAAGAGGGGGCCUAACUGUGGUUGUUUGGCAUGUCUCUAUAAACACAUCAAAAUCCCAUAUGUCUAACAUUGAGCAAUGGACACAAUAAAUUCAUGCCAUUCUUCACAUCACUA